AUGCCUCCUGUAUCCCGGUGUUGGGGUGUAUUUUUCUGCAACCUCAGGUCUGCUUUGUGGUUCGUUAGUAUACCAACAUGUUUGAACUCCUCCUUUGUCUUUUUCUUUUUUCUUUGCUCUCCCUUCUUGCCGCGUCUGUAUCAGGUCGAAGAAGGGCGAGGGGGUAUUGGUGUGUGGUGUGGGUUUUGGGUACCCUUCACCCUGUUUUUUUGUUUGUAUCCUCCCGUUCUUUCAGUUACGGACCCCAUGACCUUUAGUAGCGCCAAACGUUUGCGGCUUCUCGCCCUGCGGGCUGGACAUCCUGGGGUAAUUUCCCCCGUUAACUCCGGCAUGACAACCCACGCUCUAAGGGUGCUGGGUGUAUUGAAUCUAAGGGAUACCAGCCUCAUGUGCUCUCUGAAUAAUGUGUUUUCCAUGACGGAUGUUCGAUCCCGUGCUAACAUUUUUCACGCCCUCGCCUGUAGUGUCCGCGAACAAGAGUGUGUCCACGAGGGUAUGGAUGAGACACUGAUUGCACAAUUGCAUAAUAUGCAGGACGUUAUUCUUGCCGAUGGGGAUGACCUUUCCCCUUCGGAGUGUAUUCUUGUUAUGGAAGGGUUGCUGAAAAUCAUGCCAUACUCGUGCGUGCGCAGGAAGUUAGUGUUGAUGUUGCGCAGCCGUGUGGUGACGCUCAUAAAUGUGGUGAGUGGCCCUGUUGAACUUAUCGGAAUCGUCCGUGUCAUUGUUGAAGCCAUGCAGGAACCGCAGCCUUCUCUGGCACCGUCCGCUACUGAGGGUGCUGCAGGAGAUAAUCAGACACAACUUGGAAGGUCACAGGAACUCUGUGAAGUGUGUCGAGUAAUCGAAUGUAGGCUUGAUUUCUUUGGCAAGCAGGACCUUGUCACACUUGUUGACGCGAUGACAGUUCGUACAUCUUCAAGUGGGAGACCGGAUGCACUUACCAACCUAGCGCAGCAAUGUUCUACGACGAAUCGGAAGCAUUCAGAUGGCGGGCCACUUCGCCAUGUUCCCGAUGAGUGCCGGGCGCUUGUGCUUGUGAUAUUUGACCGUCUCAGGUUGAUAGUUAUGUCGCUUUCACCGUCGCAAGUGAGCGCGUGGGUAGUGCGUAUCGUGGGUCUCCGAAUUUAUCACCAUGUACUUUUCGCAACGUUACUGAAGCGGUUGAACGACGAACAGGUGCGUCGUGCGAUGUCGUCUUCGCAGUUGUCCACCUCCAUCGAAUCGCUCAUUGUGGCACUCCGAUGGUCUCGCAGUGACAAUGAUAUUUCUUGCACUGAACAACGGUUUGUAGCCCAAGUUAUUGUGAAACUUUUGGACAGUUUAUUAGCAGACGUGGUAAAGCGUGGCUCCUCCUGCAGUGACUGUGUUACUUACGUGCUUCCGGCACUUACACUGCUCGCUGAGGAGGCUACAGUGGGGUGUUUAGAGUUUCCCCCGUCACUGGUCGAACGUUUGUUUUGCAUGCCGUACAAUCAUUUGGAGAAGUUUACACCAUGGCAACGUGCGCAACUCUUUGCUGCAGUUUUCCUGUGGGGCAUUGCUAAGCCUCGCUCGAAGCAAACGCCUGGGCAGCCGCGCCGAUUGCGAAGUGACGUCGAUCCCCACUUCAACACCAGCGCCGAUACCACCAUCUUUUCCCUUGCGGUGUGGUGCAGGGCUAUCGUGAGAUAUGCUGACUCUUACAAUCUGUUGGAUGCUAUGCAAAUUGUUAAUGAAGCGUGCGGCGUAGUGUAUGCGGAAGCUAGAGGUCAUGAACCUUAUGACCCUUCGGUGGUGCGGCCUACGUUGUCUUUACUGCAGCAGCGGAUACAAGCCAAGCAAGAUGGGUUUCAUUUGGUUCCAACAUCGCACUUGGUCCGUUAUCUGACGUCCAUGUCGAAGCUUGGCAUACGGGCGAAGUCGGACUAUUACGCGGUUGUGAAUAUAGUUCAGAAGCGGUGUCUCACGGAAUUUGAACGGCUUCGUGUGUUGGGAGUUGUCGCCAGACAUCAGUUGCGGGCACUUACCUUUCUAUCGGACACCGUGAGUAGCAUACCCCACCGAUCGGUUUCUUUGCAGCCGCGGCAGAAGUGCUUGCUCUUGAGGUAUUUAGGAAGGGCAGGUGUCAGCCGCUUUGUACGGGCCCCACUUCACCUAUCGUUGAAUGUGGGCUCUUUCCUAACCCAUGAAGAGGUGACGACCUUGCCGUUCAUCGACGCCGUGUUCGCUUUCGUCGGCCUUGCUGAUUUGCGACAAUUUGCCAACGAGACACUUUUUGCACUCCUCCAUGGGCCCUUGUCAAGGCUUGAUAACCUUGCAGAUAUUCAGUCUGCUGCUCUUUUGGGUGAGUUUUCCGUUGCAUUGUGUCGCACUGAUCAGCACCGUUUUUGCCAUCGGAUUGUCUGUGAAACGCUGAACAAGGCGUCAAGUCUCCUAGCGUCGUCACGGGGUCUCUUUGUCGAUGUAGCUGAGGUAGCCUACUGGAUCCGUCUACUAGACGCGUGGCCACAGUUAUCUACAAAUAGUGGUGGUAGUGGCCGGAAUGGUGCUGAGUGUGGGAAGGUAGACGAUUCGGCGUACGUGGAUGCUCUGGGGACUUAUAAGGUGAUGGCCGCUGCAUUUGUGACGACGCGGCUACUGGAUAUUGCACGGUCGAGGACAUUACAACCUAACACAUUUCUUUUCAGUCAGAUGGCAGUGGGACACCGGCUUGGCGCCGCUGUCCCGCAGGGGGAGCUUUAUCGUUUAUCACAAAAUCUGGAUACGAAACAUCUUGCACAGUUGCUAAAUAAACCCCGCCAAGUGGUCAACGCUGUGGUUACAGGCCUGUACAUAUCUUCCGUCGAUGCGGUUCGCGCUAUCGAUAUCCUUCGCUUCGCUACGAAGAACUUUGGUUCCCUGAGCGUACAGGAUGAGCUAAUACUCGGUGCAGAGAUCACGGGGUUCCUGCGUCGUAGAGACAGCAAGGUGAAUUCCGCUGUGGAGGCGGCAGUGCAGGAUCUUUGCGAGUUGAUGAAGGCAAAUAUGAGCAGAAUAGAUCGGAAGCAGAAGUUGAGUGAACGCGAAGUGGCACUUGCUGCUCACUACGGCUUUGUCAGCGCCCCGGAACAGUCCCUUCGUAAAAUCAGGUAA